CGCUGCCUGGCUGCCUGGCAAAUGGCGGUGGACGGCGGCAAAGACAAUCACUAGUACUUUGGCGGCGCUGUGGGGAUGCUAAUGGACGGCGAGGUCGAUCGAGCGGCAGACGUCGAUGGAUCGAUGACUGGAGGAUGGAAUACGCCUGCCAGAUCACCUUUCGUCAGCAGUGGAACGAUAAUCGGCUGCAGUUUGACAACCGAAGCGGUCGCAUCAACUACCUCGUUCUCACCGACCCAGAACGUAUCUGGAAGCCCGAUCUGUUCUUCAAGAAUGAAAAGGAUGGCCACUACCACACGAUAAUCAUGCCGAAUAUUCUGCUGCGAAUCUACCCAAAUGGCGAUGUCCUCUACUCCAUUCGCCUCUCACUCACACUUGCCUGUCCGAUGGACCUAAAGUACUACCCGCUCGAUCGACAGACUUGUGAACUGCAAAUGGCUAGUUAUGGAUACACAUCAGAUGAUCUAAUUUUCACCUGGAAAAGCAAGGACCCUGUUCAGGUGGCCAAAGACAUCAACCUGCCUCGAUUCACCCUACAAGACUUCAAGACGCGAAUCUGCACAAGCAGAACAAACACUGGCGAGUACAGCUGCCUAAAGGUGGAGCUGCUCUUCAAGCGCGAGUUCAGCUACUACCUAAUUCAAAUCUACAUUCCGUGUGCCAUGUUGAUCUUCGUCAGUUGGGUCUCCUUCUGGCUCGAUCCGAACGCCACCGUCGCCCGAGUAUCACUGGGCGUGACGACGCUGCUCUCCAUGGCGACGCAAAUCUCCGGCAUCAACGCCUCCCAGCCACCCGUCAGCUACACCAAAGCCAUUGACGUGUGGACGGGCGUCUGUCUGACCUUUGUCUUUGGCGCCCUGCUCGAGUUUGCUCUGGUCAACUACGCCUCUCGCAGUGACGUUCACCAGGCAGCGGCCAAGCAGCAGCAGCAGCGACUCGCCAAGUGGAACCUGGAGCAGGCGUUGCACUCCGAGAGCGGCGCAAACGGCGUUGAGCUGCCCUACGGAAUGGUAAAAUUACGCGGCUGUGAGGUGCACAUGGCGCCACCGCGGAAGAAGAACUGGUGCAAGCGAUGGUUGUCCAAGUUCCCCACCAGAUCGAAGCGAAUUGACGUCGUCUCGCGCAUCUUCUUUCCCUUCAUGUUUGGACUCUUCAACUGCGUCUACUGGAUUACCUACAUGUUCCGUGAUGACCUGCAGUAG